CGUUAUAACAACUGGCGACGAGGGUCUUGCGUAGCCACGUAAGCGACGGCCUUGGUCCUGCACGGGUGGACAGGCACGAACGGAAGCAAGCGAGCGGAGUUUUCGUCCAGCUUCAAGGCGCUGCACGUGCUCCCGGAGUACGGCACCGCCCACCGAACACCCCUGCGGAGGAAGUACUCGGCCACAAGGAACGACAACGGGGCUUGGAGCUGGCAGCACGUCCAAGCAAGGAAACGCCAAACUGAUGAGUAACGGAUAUAUGUACUGCUGUCAAAAUGCCGCCACUGGGAAAGAUGUCCGAGUUCGAUCCGAAAACGCAAAACUUCGAGUCGUACUUAGAGCGUUUUGAACAUUUCUUAACGGCUAAUGAUAUCGUCGACGCAAAGCGCCUUGCCGUCUUUUUGACAGUCAUAGGACCAGAGGCUUACGAAGUACUGAGAAGUCUUGUUGUGCCGGCAGCCCCGGGAGAAAAGUCGUACGCAGAAGUUAAACGCCUCCUGAAGGAGCACUACAGCCCCAGGAGUUCCGUAAUAGCAGAACGAUGCAAGUUCAACCGGCGCGUACAACAGGAGGGCGAAAGCGUGGAGGGGUUCAUCGUGGAACUUAAACAUUUAGUCAGGAAGUGUGACUACGGUGGCUUUUUGCAAGACGCCCUCCGAGAUAGGCUGGUUGCUGGCAUACGGAACGAAGAGACCCAGCGUGCUCUGUUUGCUGAACGAGAGCUGACAUUUGAUGGCGCUUGCAAAAUCGCCCUGGAUAGAGAACUAGCGGCGCGAGACACUGAACAACUACGGUCAAGAGAACGAGAGGCACCCGUGCUAGUCGUGAAAAGCCGACCACACCAGUAUCGGAGACCAGCUAAUCCUAAGCAUGUCGAAGCCCGCAAGAACGAAAAAUGCGCAAGAUGCGGCAGGGGACACUCGUCGGAAGAAUGUUGGUACAAAAACUUUAUUUGUCGCAAGUGUUCGGCUGUAGGUCAUUUGAAAAGCAUGUGCCCAGUUGCUAGAGCGAAGCCAAAAAACAUGCAUGCGCUCGAGUGUUCUGACGAUGACUCGGAGCAGGAACUGUACCAUGUCAUUAACGCCAACCAAUCAUCUUAUGAAGUGAGUGUGGAAAUAGAAGGGCGUAAACUGAAUAUGCAAAUUGACACGGGAGCGGCUGUCACAAUUGUCCCGGAGCAAGUGUACCUGUCCGAAUUUCCACACGUAAAAUGUGAACCUUCGUCCAAUGGUGCUGCAGAACGAACAGUACAAACCGUGAAAAGGGCCUUACUGAAACAGGUGCUCGAGCGUGAGGCCUCGGGUAAACAGCAGACAGUACAGGAAAAUAUUGAUAGUUUUCUGAUGGCCUACCGGAACACACCGAGCAGUGUGACAAGCAAAUCACCAGCUGAACUAUUUUUGAGGCGCCAGCCACGCAUAAAGCUUUCACUGCUCCAACCUGAUUUUGCAAAAUCCAUGCGAGACAAACAGGAAAAACUAAAAGAGCAGCGCGAUUUGUUUCGUGGGCAGGAGCGCAGCUUCGUGGUGGGGGACCGGGUGUUGGUGAAAACUGUGCGUGGUGAACGCGUUUCGUGGGAAGGUGUUGUGAUCCAAAUUGUCAGUGCUGUGACAUAUAUGGUGAAAGUGCGCGAUCAACUCCGGUUCACACACGCCGAUCACCUGCGUCCUGGACAUGCUGACCCCGGCGAGACGCCCCCGCACGCGGAGGUGGGUGUAAAACAAACGACACCAGAAGGGCUACCGGCAGACGACCGCACUCCGACACCAAGACAACCGCAGGUAGACCAGGAUGGUCCCAGUUCCCCUGGGACGCCGGCGGACCCCGAUCGCAGAACAACACUAGAGCACGACGAAUCAGUACCGCCACCCACACAGCAGCCUGUACCGCAAGACUUGGCGGAGUCGCACGUGCCAGCGGCGCCAGCUGCACCCAACUCGGAGGAACAGCCGCCACUACGUCGGGGUGCUCGUGUGCGCCGGCAACCGGACUGGUUUAGAUCUGAGGACUUUAAGUAA